AUGAUAGACUGGAAGACCAGCCGCCUGAGAGCCCAGCAUCUGCUGUUCUCACUUCUGCUUCACACAGCCUGGAAGAUGGGGAGCGGCCAGGUCCAUUACUCCGUGCUGGAGGAAGCGAAACACGGUACGUUUGUGGGGCGAAUCGCGCAGGACUUGGGUCUGGAGGUCGGGGAACUGGUGACAAGGCUGUUCCGGGUGGUGUCCAAGGGUCGCCGGGACUAUCUGGAGGUAAAUGUGCAGAACGGCAUUUUGUUUGUGAAUUCGCGGAUAGACCGGGAGGAACUGUGCGACCGCAGUCCUGUUUGUAGCAUCCACCUGGAGGUUAUUAUGGAGAAGCCGCUGCAGGUUUUCCAUGUAGAGGUGGAGGUCAAGGACGUUAAUGACAACCCGCCAGUGUUUUCCAGAACACAAAAGAAUCUGUGUAUUUAUGAAUCUAGCCCACUAGAUUCUAGGUUUCCACUAGAGGGAGCAUCCGAUGAUGACGUGGAAGCAAAUGCUUUGCUGACCUAUAGGCUCAGCACCAACGAAUAUUUCUCUUUGGAUGUAAAGACGAAUGAUGAAUUGAGUAAGUCUCUGUCUCUUGUCCUUAAGAAAUCUUUGGACAGAGAGAAAACCUCCGAGCUUCCUUUAUUACUAACUGCUACGGAUGGGGGAAAGCCCGAGCUCACGGGAACAGUAGAAUUAUUGAUAGAGGUACUCGAUGUUAAUGAUAAUGCUCCAAAGUUUGAUCAAGAAGUCUACAAAGUCCAAUUACUAGAAAAUACUGUAAAUGGUACAUUAGCGGUCCGAUUCAAUGCCUCGGAUAUCGAUGAAGGAAUAAAUGGUGAAAUUAUGUACUCAUUCAGUAGUGACACUCUCUCUAGUGUAUCCGCAAAAUUUGAAUUAGAUCCUAUCACAGGGGAAAUUAGAAUAAUGGGCCAACUAGAUCACGAAGAAAUGAAAUUAUAUGAAAUUAAUGUAAUAGCUAUAGAUAAAGGAACUCCACCAUUAUCUGGACACUGCAAAGUUUUGGUAAAAGUGUUAGACAUUAAUGAUAAUGCACCAGAGGUGGUAGUGACCUCACUAUCGUUGCCUGUUAGAGAGGAUGCCCCUCCAGGCACAGUCAUCGCCCUCAUCAGUGUGUCUGACCGUGACUCCGGCGCUAACGGGCAGGUGACUUGCUCGCUGUCACCUCCUGGUCCCUUCACGCUGGUGUCCACUUUCAGAAAUUACUACUCGCUGGUCCUAGAGGAUCCAGUGGACCGUGAAAGAGUGUCAGCCUUUGAGUUGGUGGUGACAGCCAGAGAUGGCGGGACUCCGGCUCUGUGGACCACGGCCAGCGUGUCAGUAGACAUCGGUGAUGUGAACGACAAUGCACCUACUUUCGAGAGGCCUGUGUAUACUGUGUUCGUGAAGGAGAACAACCCUCCCGGCUGUCACAUCUUCACUGUGUCGGCCUCCGAUCCGGAUGCGCAGGAGAACGCGCUGGUGUCUUACUCUCUAGUAGAACGCAGGGUAGGCGAGCGUCCACUGUCGAGCUACGUGUCUGUGCACUCAGAGAGCGGCAAACUGUACGCUUUACAGCCCCUGGACCACGAGGAGCUGGAGCUGCUGCAGUUCCAAGUGAGCGCCCGCGAUGCGGGAUUCCCUCCCCUGAGCAGCAACGUGAGCCUGCAGGUGUUCGUGCUGGAUGAGAACGACAACCCACCGUCAGUGCUGUUGCCUCAGAUUGGGGCCCACUCCAGUGGCGGUCCAGUGACUGAGCUUGAUCCACAGUCGGUGGCUGUGGGCCAUGUGGUGGCGAAGAUCCGGGCGGUGGAUGCAGAUUCUGGUUACAACGCGUGGCUGUCUUAUGAGCUGCUGCCAGAGAUGGGAGUUGGGCGUAACCCUUUUCGCGUGGGUUUGUACACUGGCGAGAUCAGCACUACCAGGACCUUGGAAGAGUCAGAUGGACUGAAGCAAGUGCUCUUGGUGCUGGUGAAGGACCACGGAGAUCCCCCUCUAUCAGCCACUGCCACGGUGACGGUAUCUUUAGUAGAAAGCGGACAGAUGCUGAAAGGAUUAUAUAAUGUAGCCCGAACUGGGGCGGGCGUUGGGAAUGCUACUCUGGUGGAUGUGAACGUUUAUUUGAUCAUUGCCAUCUGCUCAGUGUCAAGCCUACUGGUGCUGAGUCUCCUGCUGUAUGUGGCUCUACGUUGUUCCGCGCCCCAUCAGUGGGCAUAUGGGUCUCAGAAGCCCACUCUAGCGUGCUCUAGCGCGGUUGGAAGCUGGUCAUAUUCUCAGCAACAGCGACAGAAGGUGUGCUCUGGGGAUGGGGUGGCCAGGAAUGACCUCAUGGCUUUCAGCCCCAACCUACCUCCAUGUCCUGGUUCCGAAGGGAAAGCUGAGCAACAGCGGGUUAGUUUAGCGCCUUCCAGUAAGAUGAGUUUGGAAACUAUUGUUCCUUGUUUGUUUUGGUUAUUGGGAGUGUUGCUAUAG